CUCAGAUCAUCGCUCUGCCUCGCCAUCACCAUCUCGUUCUGAGGUCCCAUCAAUCUCUGUUUUCACAAGUUCAUAUGUCCCACUUAAAACAACAUCAUAUCUGCCUGGAGUUUCCCCAGUGUCACCCUACACAAUGCCACCACUAUCAUCUGCCACCAUGUCAUCUACAGCAGACAACACUGAGCCAAGUGUCCCUUUCACAGCAUCGCAGACAUCAAGCCAGAUAACCUCACACUCUUCAGCAGUUUCUAGUUAUUCAGUAACUGGGAUUGUCCUCCACACAAUUCAGCCAUCUAGUACCGUCACUGAUACAGCAAGCUAUGAUGGCACGGGCUCUUAUGAAACUAGUUCAACUCUCUCAUCAACAGUCCAGUUACCAUCUGGAACCUUGGAACCUCUGGAUACAUCUACAUCAACAGUCUUUUUUAAAGAGAACACUACAAACCCAUUUUCUCAGUCUCCAGCUCAAUAUACAGAUUAUGUUCCAGCUGCCACAACUUCUGAGAGCCUGUUAAUACCUUCUCUCCAUUCUAGCACAAAACCAUCACCUCAGCAGAAUGAUAACACCUCAUUGUCAGUCACCAUUAGCCUGACUACAGAGGAUGCCAGCAGGCAGACUAUGAGUGGCUGGACAACCGAAAUGAACCCACAAACAUUAACGCCAUGGGUGGGUUUAGAGUGGAGUAUGCCAACCACUGCCAGAAGCCGAAAGGCAGUUACUCCAGUGACAGAUUCUCCUGCUACUGUGAAUGGGAAAUAUUCUGUCACCCCCGCACCUCAGCUGCCCACUUCUACUCUUUCCGGCACUACCACUACAGUACCAGGUGCUCCACCGCUGAAUUAAUUCUAGAUUGUUUUGAGUGGGUGGUCACGUUUGGCUUGUUUCACUAAUAUCACUUGUUUUUACAGUCAGUCCAUGUUCAUCAAACCCAUGUCAAAAUGGAGGCCGUUGCACAGAGAAUAGGAUUCAGAGCACCUUCCAGUGUGAGUGUCCACCAGCCUGGCAAGGAACCCACUGCCAUCGAGGUAGGUUGGUGUUCAAUCAUGAUACUGGGUCUGAUUUACUUUAUAUAAGGUGGGUAUGUGUAACGUGGCUGCUUUAAGGCACUUGCUAAACAGAAAGACUUGUAAUAAUUUUCUUGCUGUGUUUUAAGGAUGUGAUUGUAGUUUGCAUGUGAGAGGUAUGGGAUCAUAUCAGAACAUGCCUAUCAGGAACCCUACCCAAACAUAUUGUACAUCCAACGCUUACAUGUACAUUCAGCAUCACAUAUAUUAACAAAGAGUCCUAAGUUGUCUUGUGAACCUUAACAUGAAGUUAUGCACCAUUUAUAUAUCUGUCUGUUCAUGGGAUCCUUGGUGUACAUUGAAUGAGAAUAUCUGUGUGAUGGUUGGAGAUGGUGUGCAUGAGGUAAAUAUGUGUCACUUAUUGGAGAUGCUAUUGUCAGUAAUGUGGCAAAAGUAACCUCGGCACAGGGUUUUGGAGGAACCUGCUUACCAGUCUUCUGCCCCAGGACUAUGGCCCCUGUCAUGAACCCUGGUUAAAAACACUGUUCGUGCCUUUUGGACUUAUACAGUCCGGUAUACGGAGCUUACUGAACGGACCAGGAGUUUGUGUUCGUAUACCGAACAAAUUAAUGAACGGUCGGACCACCUGCAAAUAGUGUGUGCAGCCCAUUAACCUCCCUGAUACACAUGUAACCGCAACUUAAUUGGUGAUCGGCUGGAGGGUUGCCAUUCGGCAUGCGAACACGUGGCCGCGGCCAUCUUUAGCCGCGAACACAUACAGCAGUGUUUGGUCGUCGAAUGCAUGGAACUAUAAUCGGACACUCGACUGCACGAACACCGCUGGGACUUCGUAUGGGAAAAGCGGCGUUGGUGGGAGCAAGCUCCCGAAUGAGUGACAUAAACUGAGUCUACCCCCGAACCACUACGUUCGGUAUUUUGGACAUUAUUUCGUAUUCCCGAAAUAGGCCGACAAAACUUUGGUCUUCAUUAAAUUCCUGAGCCCCUGUACCGAUCUGGGUGACUUUUGGAUAUGUUGGUCACCCAUAUCCCUGGCUAUUAGGGGAUGUAACUUUUACAGGGUUUCCAUUGGUUUUGGGGGUACUUUUGAGGUGUUGGAAAAAAUUUUGUUUUUUUGUGCCUGGAGAUAAUUGACUUAGUAUCUGACUCAAUUAUCUCCCAGGCAUAGGGGAAGGAUUGCAUUGCUAUGUGUGGGAGUGUCCUGAACUUGGGGGCCAAUGUCAUUGGUUUGUAUAAUUUUGUUGCAGUCUACUUUCAGGUCCAGGGGGUUGCAUGGGGAUUGACAUAAAAGUCCAGUUGUGGCUACCAAUAAAUGAGUUCCAGUUUACCCUCAACACAGAGCCUUGUCUUGUGCUUGUAGGGGAAAUCCAUACCAGCUAUAAUCCCUGCUCUUGGGAUUGUUCUUUGGAUUGUUAUAAUCACUAGCUGUACUCUUUUGGAGGAGAGGUCUUCCCACUGGGAGCUGGAUCCAGGUGUUGGUCCAGGGUGGUAAGGGACGUCGAGAACCCAGCCAAGCUAAGGGGCUACAGUUCUAAUGGUGUCCGGUGGAGUGCUGGAAGUAUUUGGAGAUAAUAGGAAGCAGCGAUUUGCGGAGGCACCCGGUUAGGUACAUGGUAGGUGAGUUGAUCUAUAUGGAUUUUACAGGUGAGGUAAGUUGAUCUAUAUGGAUGAUGUACAUGUGAGGUAAGUGGAUGUAUGUGGAUGUUACAUGUGAGGUAAGUGGAUGUAUGUGGAUGUUACAUGUGAGGUAAGUGGAUGUAUGUGGAUGUUACAUGUGAGGUAAGUGGAUGUAUGUGGAUGUUACAUGUGAGGUAAGUGGAUGUAUGUGGAUGUUACAUGUGAGGUGAGUUGAUCUAUAUGGAUGAUGUACAUGUGAGGUAAGUGGAUGUAUGUGGAUGUUACAUGUGAGGUAAGUUGAUGAGUUAUCUAUUGGGAUCUGUAUGGAGAAUAUAGCAGUUUGUGUUAAUAGCAGUUGUUAUAAUGUUCUUAUUCUCGUUACCCACCAGACGUGGACGAAUGUCUCUCAGAUCCGUGUCCGCCACAGACCACUUGCUCCAACAUUAAGGGCUCCUUCAGCUGCCGCUGUCCCCUGGGGUAUAUUCUGCAGAAAGGAACAGGGUGCAUUCUGGGUAAGUUGAAGAAUAUAAGCACAUUUCUAGAAGUGAAGGAGGUAAUUUCGAAGCCUUAAUUUGACCCCAAACUCAAAUUCUCUUAAAAAAAACUAAUCGUAGAUGGAAUGACAUAUUAAUAUAUAAUUUCCAAGUUUGUCCAGACUCAGCCUGUUUUUAUCAGAACUGAAUACCUUCCUGGGACUGCCUCCGGUAUUUAACUAACAGAAUACUUUACCAUUUCAGUCAGGACGUUUCUUGGGCAAAUUAAUGUACCACACAUCGUUCGGAAUGGAAGCGGGCGUAAAUAUGCCAAUUUACAUGAAAUUGAGGAGGCAAUAGUGAGCAUAGUAAGUAUGGAAGGCACCAUGCCAUUAUACCACCAUCAUAUACUGCACCAUUAUAUUGCCAUUACUUACAUACAGCGCCAAUAUACCAUCACGUACAUACAGCGCCAAUAUAUCGCCAUGUAUGGCGUGUUACUCAUUGAGUGCAGGACAUUGUUACUCAUUGAGUGGAGCACAACGUUACUCAUUGAGUGGAGGGCAGCGUUACUCAUUGAGUGGAUGAUAGUGUUAUUCAUUGAGUGGAGGGUAGAUCUAACUCCUGUUCUUCUUUUGUUCUGCAGCUGAGUUCGUCCUUUGCCUCGAUAAAUGGCUAUUACCGAUCAAUGGUGACAAACAGCAGGUAA